CAUCUCUAUGAUCAAGCAGAAAUAGAGGCGGGCCGCUCUACCCCGCCUGGUGAGGCUGCGCAUGAGCAGUAGCUGAAGCACUGGAAAGAUGGCGGAGGAAGGGGAAAGAAAAAAGAUUCCUUUGGUUCCAGAAAAUCUCCUGAAAAAGAGGAAGGCUUAUCAAGCCCUCAAGGCCACUCAGGCAAAGCAGGCACUUUUGGCAAAGAGAGAGAGAAAAGGGAAACAAUUCAAGUUUAGACGACUAGAAUCUUUCGUACAUGAUUCCUGGCGGCAGCAACGCGACAAGGUGCGUGUCCAGCGACUAGAAGUGAAGCCUCAUGCUUUGGAAGUGCCUGAUAAGCAUUCCCUGGCCUUCGUUAUACGCAUUGAAAGGAUUGAAGGAGUGAGUUCAUUGGUAAAGAGCACCAUCAUGAAACUUGGCCUGAAGAAGCUGUUCAGUGGAGUCUUUGUCAAGGUCACCCCGGAAAGUGUGAGAAUGCUGCGCACAGUGGAGCCUUAUGUGACCUGGGGAUUUCCAAAUCUGAAGUCUGUCCGGGAACUCAUCUUGAAACGUGGACAAGCAAAGAUCAACAAGAAGACUGUCCCUCUGACAGACAACACAGUGAUUGAGGAGCACCUGGGGAGAUUUGGUGUCAUUUGCCUCGAAGACCUCAUCCAUGAAAUUGCCUUCCCUGGGAAGCAUUUCAAGGAGAUCUCUUCAUUCCUGUCCCCUUUCCACCUGUCUGUGGCCCGUCAUGCUACCAAGAAUAGAGUGGGGUUCCUCAAGGAGAUGGGCUCACCUGGCUACCGGGGAGACCGGAUCAAUCAGCUUAUCCGGCAGCUCAACUAGAGCAGGUUUUCCAAAAGCACACACUGGAAGUGUUUUUGUUGUUUAAAAUUAUCAAGUAUCUUCAGAGAAGAUUAUUUUCUGUCUUCAAAAAUUGAAGAAAGGGACCAGGAAAACAACAGUAGUGUAUGAGCAUCGAAGUACUUAACACAGCCCAGUUCCAUGGAAAGGGAUUGUUGGCUGCUCCAUGUUGGCUGCUCGUCUCUGAAAUCAACGCAGGCUGUGGAGGAAAGAGUUACGAUGCUUCAUCCUGCCUUCCGUCUUGGUGUUUAAUGUUGGGUGGGCAACUAGCUCAGAUCUCCCUCCCACCCCCUCCAAGACUCUUAAAGCAGUGGGCCAGACCCACACUUAAUCUGGAUGAAGAGGGUCUUGGUUUUCCCUUUUAUUUUUGUCAGGGUGGGUUGCCUUGUAUUUUGUUUGGUUUGUUCAAAGAAGGCUCUCCCUGUAUAACCCUGGCUGGCCUUAAACUCCACAGCAGCCCUGCCUCCUCCUCCUCCUAGGUGCUGGGGAUUAUAGGUAUAUAAGCCUGGGGGCUUAUUCCUCAGACAAGGCAGUUAGAAAGGUGACAAAGGUCAUGCCAGUGUCUUGUGGUGUGAGGCUCUGUUGGAACUUCACUGUCCACUUUGUAACCUCUCAGGCCUCCUGUCCCUGGGUCAGUGUAACAGCAUUUGUACUCUGACCUUCGGCGAUAGCCCUUUCCUAUAGCUCAGGAUUUAGGGUGGGGACUCACUAUGCUAGACAAACAUACACACAUACAUCCAUACAUUGUACUUAGAACUCUAUGAUGGUGGUACCCACCAUGUUGGCACCCAGAAGUCAUUUGUGAGGACAGCCUGCUUAUUCUGUGCACACUGGUCUGUUAAGCUUGUCUCAUUCUGAGCUGCAAGAGGGACUAAAGUUUAACCACUUGUUUUCUACUAAGAACUAGUGUUUGGCUGGGCCUGGGGAUACAUACCUUUAGUCACAGCGCUUGGGAGGCAGAGGCAGGCAGAGAUCUGAGUUCAAGGCUAGGCAAGCCUGCUCUACAGAGUUCCAGGAUACCCAGGGCUACACACAGAAAAUGUUAAAGACAAAAACCAAUGCAGUGAUAGACUUGUUUCCUAAACCACGUGUACCCAGGAAGUGCCCACUACAUUUCAAGCUUGGCUUAAUGAUUCCUCUGUGUACCCUUCCUCAAAACCCAUACCAGGGGUCCACAUUCUUAACCAAGGUUUGCCUUGAGCUUUCCUGUACCCUUGGCUUCAUGGGGCCCUGCAAAAGGUGGCUGUGAAGCUGAGUCGGAUAUCCGACAGGGCCAGCGGGUGUAGAGUGAUGCUUGCCUUCAGUUACAGCACCAUAGGGGCAGAGGUGGAUGGGUCUGACUUCAGUGCCAGAGAUCAGUUAACUAUUACAGAGCACUGGGAAACGAGGUGACCAGAAAUGCAUUGCAGUCUUGGAGAACAGUCAUGGCUCUAGAACAUUAAGUUAGCACUGUAGUGUUGGGAGUGCUGCCUGCAGUGUGAGAGGCCCUGGAUGAGCCGAGCUAAGGCUUCUAAGUUCUGGCUUGCUCAGAAUUUAAAGCAAGUUUUUAUUUCUAUAUAGUAAAAGAUUAUUUUUAAGAUUUA